CGGUCCGGGUGUUGCGGCCGCCCGGUCCUCUCCACUGAACUCCAACCCCCGCGCUCUCUAUCAGCAUCUCAUUCCUGUCUCAAUAUGUCUCAAGAUGGCGGCCAAUGCAGGAUCGAUGUUUCAAUAUUGGAAGCGCUUUGACUUACAACAACUACAGAAAGAACUAGACGCCACCGCCACACAGCUUGCCAACAGACAGGAUGAGAGCGAACAGACCAGGAAGAAACUAAUCGACCUGAGCCGCGAGUUCAAGAAGAACACACCAGAGAUCCUGUACCUGUGUUGGAGCUGGCUCAGCAGCUGCAGCUGAAGCUCCAGAGGAUGCACGACAUUGAGACAGAGAACACCAAACUUCGAGAGACACUGGAGGACUACAACAAAGAGUUUGCAGAGGUCAAAAACCAAGAGGUGACCAUUAAGGCCUUGAAGGAGAAGAUCCGUGAGUACGAGCAGUCUCUGAAGAAUCAAGCCGAGAACCUGGCCCAAGAGAAGCAGCUCCAGCUACACAACGACUAUGCAGAGAAGGAGAGGAAACUCCAGGAGAGCCAGGACUCCAUGUCCUCAAGGUUGGAAGAGGCCGAACACAAGGCCCAGUCCCUACAGACAGCACUUGAAACAACUCAGGCCGAGCUCUUUGAUUUGAAGACCAAGUAUGAUGAGGAAUCCACAGCAAAGGCCGAUGAGAUUGAGAUGGUGAUGACGGACCUGGAAAGAGCCAAUCAGCGAGCAGAAGCAGCUCAGAGAGAGGCAGAGUCGCUCAGAGAGCGGCUGUCCUUGAGUAACCAAUCCCAGCAGCUGAGCAGCCCGGCCAAGGCCGACCCUGACACGGAACAGGCGGCCGAGGUGGCAUCCCACUCAAGUCUCGAGGCGGAGCUCAGGGCCAAAGAAAGGGAGACCGCCCAGCUGGUGGAGGACGUCCAGAGACUGCAGGCCAGCCUGACCAAACUCCGAGAGACCACCAGCUCCCAGAUCACCCAGCUGGAGCAGCAGCUCAGCAGCAAGACUGCCACUCUCAAGGAACUGGAGGAGAAACUGCAGAAGCAAGCUGAUUAUGAGGAGGUGAAAAAGGAGUUGAGUAUCCUCAAGUCUAUGGAGUUUGGAACAUCUGACUCCGUGCAGGACUCAUCCAAACCUCUGGAGGUGCUGUUGCUGGAGAGGAACCGUAGUCUUCAAUCUGAGAGCGCCGCUCUGCGCAUUGCCAACACUGAGCUCAGCGGCCGUUACGCAGAGCUGCAGGUGGAGUUUUCGUCUGCCGUGCGGACCAGCACGGAGCAGAAGGAGCUCAUCCUGAAGCUGGAGCACGACCUGAGCACCAUCCAAGCCAUGUCCUCCCUGCCGCGCCCUGACGCAGACGGCUCGGAGGUCAGCGACAUGGGCAGCAUUCCAGAGCCGAUCAAGGAGGCCUCAGCUAUGUUUACUGGUUCAGGCCCACAUCCUGAGCUUCCUCAGGGCCAGAUGGACUCUCUGCUCUCCAUCAUCUCCAGCCAAAGGGAAAGGUUUCGCUCCCGCAAUCAGGAGCUGGAAGCUGAGAAUCGCUCCAUGCAGCAGACCAUGCAGGCUCUGCAGAAUGAACUGGACAGCCUGAGAGCAGACAACAUCAAACUCUACGAGAAAAUCAAAUUCCUGCAGGGCUACCCUGGCAGA